AUGGCUGAGAAAAGAGGCAGGCGACCCUCGCAGCCACACCACCACCGACCAGCGGUGGCACGCACCACGCACGCAGGCACAUCGCUGCCCAGCGCCACGCUGGCCAGCGAGAGUGACCCGCACACGCCCGCUGCCGCCGAGACGGCCGCGCACCGAGGCCAAGGGGGCGCCGACCUGCCACCGGGGCAGGAGACGAAAGCCACCCCACCAGAUCUGGGGGCGAAACAGAUCGAGGCAGCCCCGGCCGCCGCCGGCCACGAGCAGCAGCAGCCCGACGAAGCCCACCACGUAGUCGGCCAGACCCCGCAGUGCCGCCACGAGAGCCCGCCACCGCGCCGCCGUGCCCCUCGCCAGCCACGACGCCGCCGCUCGACGCCACCUGCCCGCGCCGUCACCGCCGAGCGGGGGAGAGAGAGCCCCGCCGCCGCCGUCGCUGGCCGAGGCUUCGCCCGCCGAGCACGCCCCGGCGGCGGCGAGGGGAGGGGAGGGAGGAGGGGAACGCGCGGGCCGGCGGCUAGGGUUUGCCCCCGGUCGCUCGCGGGAGCGACGCGGGGGAAGAAGAUCAGUCCAAGAUAA